UUCAAAACAUAACACACAUCACCUUUAGCUACUAAAUCUAGCUGCAGGAAUGAAUGGCAUUGUAUGUAUCAGAUUGUGUGUAGGUUAAUAAGUGCAAGAUGCUGUAAGGAGGUACUCAGGCAGAUGUGCAUUAGCUAAUGUUGCCUGAACGCAGCUGGGUUGGGCAGAGCUAAUAGACAGACCAUAACACUGACAUCAUCAAGAGAGUGGGGGGGGAAGCUGGGCUGAGAGAGAAAGAGAGAGAGAGGGAAUGAAGAAGAGAGGGAGGGAUUAAGCAAGCCACAGUAAGGGACAGAGCAACUGUCAGAAAGCAGAGCGAGACGGAGAUGAUGCAGGGCUAGACUCAGUCCGCACAGAACCCUGCGGAUUUCUCCCUUGCUUCCACUGCAUCUUUCCUUUUACCUUUCCCUUUCCCUAGCCAUCCCCUCCUUCCCCUCCCUCUUCCCCCCCACUGUCCUCUCCGCUCUGGACCGCUCCUCCGGGCAUGCUACUUAAGCCAAAGUAUGGCCGCUUCCGAAACGACUCUGUGACCUCCUCCGACGACCUGAUGCAGAGCCUAGCCAUGAGCGGGAAGGUGGUGGCCACGCCGAUGGCCUCCUCGUCCACACCUGGCUUGGAACUGCCGCCCUUGGAGACUGCUGCUCUUCCUCCGCCUUCGGCCCAGGUGCUGGCUGACUCACCCGGGCUGGACGGCGAGCAGGACGGCACCACCACCUUCUGCAUGCUCAUUCCUAAGAUGCCCCAGUGGAAGUUCUCCAAUUCGUUGCUCAGUCGUAGCCCGUCCAAUAGCAGCUCCAAUUCCAGCAAGGAUUCCAGCAGGGUGCCUCCGAAAAACAUUUCACCCUCUCCGACCGAGACUUCACCCGCUGCAGGCCCCAAUGAUGCCAGUGGUCCCGUGGCUAGUCUUGCAGCUGUGUUCAACUCCUGUGACCCUGUUUGUGUGGGCCCAUGUUCCCUACAGGCCGCCAGGAGGCAGAGGGCCAGUCCAAGAGAGUCCAGCCCAGGGGCCACCGAGGCGAGUCCAGGGAGCUCUGGGAGCAUCAGGACCGGGAUGAACCGGAGGACCAGGGUGGAGGGAAUGUGGCUGGGAGGUAACUUCACCCAGAAGGGCAGCUUCAUCAACAAGCCCUCGCAGGGGUGGUUGCACCCAGACAAAAAGAUCAGCAGCACAGGAGCUUCGUACAUCGUCAGGUACAUGGGCUGCAUUGAGGUUCUGAAAUCAAUGAGAUCUUUGGACUUCAGCACUAGGACACAAGUCACAAGGGAGUCCAUCAACAGGUUGUGUGAAGCUGUACCCGGAGGAAAAGCUGCCUGGAAGAAGAAAACCACCAAUAAAACCCUCCAGUCUGUUAUGGGGAAGAGUAACCUACGUUUUGCUGGAAUGACCAUCGGCGUCAACAUCUCCAUUGAUGGCUUGAGUCUCCUCGUCCCCACCACACGACAGGUGAUUGCCCACCACCCCAUGCAGUCCAUAUCUUUCGCCUCUGGUGGAGACUCGGAUACACCCGAUUACGUCGCUUAUGUGGCCAAAGACCCUGUCAAUCAAAGAGCACACAACAUCCAGUACUGCUAUGACCUCCCCCAUAAUAAUAUCAUCACCACCAUCCACCACUCUUAACAACAGCACAAAAAACACCACCUACACAGCCCACCCAAAGCAAUUCCCACCAUGGAUAGGACCAUACGAACAGAAGAGUCGGCAUGGGGUGAUGACGAGGAAUCUUCUGAGCACGAUUACUACAACAGCAUCCCAGGAAAGGAGCCCCCUGUGGGGGGAGUGGUGGACUCUAGGCUCAGGCCUCCUGCGGGCCUACUGGGUCACGUCCAUACACAACCACAAAGCAACACCGCUCAGAUGGGGUCACCGGCCAAAAGAGAUGCAGACAGCCUCCCUGCCGCCCACUUAUGCUAUGAAGUGCACUGGGACACGCAGAACAACAGCAGCUCAACUUUGACUUCCGAUGGUUACCUCCGAGCAGACGGUCAUCCUAUAGGUAGCCGCGAUUACGAGGAACAUCUGUAUGUAAACACCCAGAAUCUGGACAACAUAGAGGCCUCAACGGAUGCCCGAGGAAGACGCAGAUCCGAGAGUCCAAAGAAAGACAUUUUUGAUAUGAGGCCAUUUGAGGAUGCCCUGCGUCUACACGAGGCCAGAGGAGUUUGUGUAUUGGAGGACAAGUGGCCGAGUCCCCCACGGCGCCGGGCCCCCGUCGCCCCCACAGAGGACCAGCUUCGGCGGGAGAUGUGGUACCAUGGCCGCAUGAGCCGCAGGGAUGCAGAGAAUCUGCUGGGUCGAGAUGGAGAUUUCCUGGUACGGGACAGCGCCACUAACCCAGGCCAGUAUGUGCUGACUGGGAUGCAGUGUGGGCUUCCCAAACAUCUGCUGUUGGUGGAUCCUGAAGGAGUGGUUCGGACUAAAGACAUGCUCUUUGAGAGCAUCAGCCACCUGAUCAACUACCACCUGACAAACAAGCUGCCAAUUGUUGCAGCAGAGAGCGAGUUACACCUCCAGCAGGUGGUCUGCAGAAAGCCCAGUUAGAGUACAUGGUAAGAGGUUUGCGGCAUUUUUCU